AUGAAGUGGAAAAGUAUUUCCGGCCGCGACGGCGAGGUCCACGAUACAUUAACCCCGGAAAAUGCGGCCGAUCUUCUAUUUUCUGCCGGAUGGCGUACAGUUGCUGAAAUUAACUCGAUGCCCGAUGAAGACAAACGAAAUACGAUCAUCGUCGAGUUGCACAACCGACUAGCGCAGACGAUCGGAUACUUGCAGGGGCGCGAUACACCAGCCCUAGUGGCUGCCGGCGGACUCUACCUCAUCUUGAAAAGAAAUGGAUGGAGAAGAGAGGAUGAAUUGCAUGCAAUGAGCGUUGAGGACACUCGGAACACUUGUAUCGUGGAGUUGGCCAACAAGGGAUAUGGUAGCAUCCGCGAGCUACAGGGGCACGCAAAUCGAGAGCUGGUCGAGAAGGCGGCGAACUUUUAUGAGAAAAGCAACGAGCCGGCGAGCGUCAUCUCCAUGACCCUCCACUUCGACCAGGUCCAAAUCCAAAAGCAGUCCCCAAAAGUCCUCGCCGUUCGCGAAUUCGACAAUUCACAAAGCUCCGAGACCCUCUUCGAGACGUUCAGCUUUGCCGAGACGAAUGCUGAAGAAGAAUCGCUUGGAUAUAGCGAUCAGGUCACCAACAACAUCCUCAUGAAAGUCGGCAUCUCGUAUGAGGUGACAGCCCCCUUCUUCUCCACCAACGAGAGCCUGGAGCUCCAGCGCCAUGAUGCGGAAAAUUUCCCGAAGCACGUCUUGGCAUCGGUG